ACCAAAAUCAAUAAUUUUCGAGUAUAUAUAUUUAAAGCCCCACUAUCUCCGCUAAAACAUUUGAGAACGUCUCUCUCUCUUUCUCUCUCUCUGACAGUUCUUUUUGUUUUCUUGUCUCUCCCUCUCGAUGCGAAGAAUCGAGCAAUUGUGUCGCUCUCUCUAAGCCUGUGUUUAUUGGGAACAUUACCAGAAUUCGAACGAGCUACUUCAAUGCGUAUCCUUCGGUGCAUGAUGCUGGCGGCUGCGUUGGCGUUUGCGGCGGCGAUAACUGGGUUCGCGUCGGCGUUUCCGAAUUACGCAGCUGGUCCGGCCAAGAUUCUGACUCUAGAAAGGGCUUUUCCUCUCGACGAGCCAGUGGAGCUGAGUGAGCUAAGAGCGCGUGAUCUUGUCAGACACGCGCGACUCUUACUGGGAGGCGGUCGCCAGAGCUCCAUCGGCGGCGUCGUGAACUUCCCAGUUCAAGGCUCCUCCGAUCCUUACCUCGUCGGCUCCAAGACGACUAUGCUUUAUUUCACAAAGGUCAAACUGGGUUCUCCUCCUACAGAGUUCAAUGUUCAGAUUGAUACUGGAAGUGAUAUCUUGUGGGUUACUUGUGGUUCUUGCAGUAAUUGCCCUCACUCCAGUGGACUUGGAAUCGAGCUCCACUUCUUUGACGCUCCUGGUUCCUUGACUUCUGGCUCUGUAACUUGUUCGGAUCCGAUAUGUUCCUCAGCUUUUCAGACAACAGCUGCACAGUGCUCUGAGAACAACCUGUGCGGCUACUCCUUUCGCUAUGGCGAUGGAAGUGGGACUUCGGGUUACUACAUGACCGACACGUUCUACUUUGACGCGGUUUUAGGAGAGUCUCUAGUUGCAAACUCAUCUGCUCCCAUUGUUUUCGGCUGUAGCACUUACCAAUCUGGGGACUUGACAAAGUCAGAGAAGGCAGUGGAUGGAAUAUUUGGUUUUGGAAAAGGAAAGUUGUCAGUUGUUUCUCAGCUGUCUUCACGAGGGAUCACACCGCCAGUGUUUUCACAUUGCUUGAAAGGAGAUGGUAGUGGAGGCGGUGUCUUUGUCCUUGGCGAGAUAUUGGUCCCAGGAAUGGUUUACAGUCCUCUUGUCCCAUCACAGCCUCACUAUAACUUGAAUCUGCUGAGCAUUGAAGUGAAUGGGCAGAUGCUGCCUAUCGAUGCAGUGGCGUUUGAAACAACAAAUACCCGUGGAACUAUUGUUGACACGGGAACCACUUUGACGUAUCUGGUGAAAGAGGCUUACGAACCCUUUUUCAGUGCUAUAUCAAGCAGCGUAUCACAGUUGGUAACACCAAUCAUUUCUAAUGGAUACCAGUGCUAUUUGGUCUCGACUAACGUAAAUGAUAUGUUUCCUCCGGUUAGUCUUAAUUUUGCUGGUGGUGCAUCAAUGAUGUUAAGACCUCAGGACUACUUAUUUCAUGCUGGUUUCUAUCAGGAUGGUGCAUCGAUUUGGUGCAUGGGUUUUGCGAAAGCUCUGGAAGAGCAAAACAUUUUAGGAGAUCUUGUCCUUAAAGAUAAAGUCUUUGUGUAUGAUCUUGCUCGGCAACGGAUUGGAUGGGCAGACUAUGAUUGUUCCAUGUCUGUGAACGUAUCGGUAACUUCAGGAAAGGAUCUCGUAAACUCAGGGCAACCAUGCUUGAGCAUAUCGAGGAAAGACAUGCUGUUAAAACUGUUAUCUAGCGUUAUAUUGGCUCUACUUCUUUGUACUUUCUUCUCCUUGACGUAAUCUUAAUAGAGAGUUUCACGUUUCUGUGUGUUUUGUUUUAGAGUAGUGUAGCUGAUUUUGUUGGGUUCCUUCGAUUCAUUCACCACUCUCACAUCUUCUCUGUAGUUAGUAGUGCCGUUUUUAAUUGUCUGUGAAAAAGGGGUUAAUUGUUGCCUUUCACCGUCUCUUUUCAGUAAAACUUUUAGUUGUUAUUUGUUGUCGAGAUGCCAGGCUUUUCCUUUUGUCUACUACAAAAAAAAAAAGCGAUACGAGAACGUAUUCUCUUGCAAAGCUGCUUUUCAAGUGUCAGUACUUGGAGGGAAAAAAAAAGAUAUUGUGAUGAUCAUCACAUCUUUGUGAAUUAAAUGAAAUCGACCAAAUAAAGGAAUAUAUAUCAUUGAGUCAACAAUUAAACAAGAAAAUGGUCAACAAUAUCGUGAAAUGAUUG